CCCCUGCCACUGACUCUGCUCCACCUGUUGAGCUUUUUGCGGCUAACCGCACACGCAUUCCUGUCACUGGCACAGCUCUCGUCCAGCUCGAUUUCAAUUCUGGUACUACAUUCCCAUGGUCCUUCUGCGUAGCUUCAGUUGAUGAACCCAUCAUUGGUAUAGACUUCCUCCGUCACUACAAGCUAUCAGUGGACAUCGACGAUUCUUCUUUACUCUCAAAAUCAGGCAUUCGCAUUCCAUUCUCGACACGCACCACCGACACCUCAUCCUCUAUCAUCGAGAAACGUCGCCGCUGUGCGGCACUCUCCGUCGAUUUGGCUACAACCACGUCUUCUCUCAUCCACCUCCAACGUGAAUCCUCAGCCCUCAGCGCUCUUCGGCGCCGUCUUUGUGAAUUACAGGCUGAAAUCGACUCCUGCGACCGCACAAUUGCGUCUCUUACUCCGCCCCACAACGUUGUUUUACCGCCGGACCGCUCCUUUUCUGGUCGCCGUGUUUAACACGACGCCGGGGCUACCGAUGCCAUGGACGCAGCGCCCAUGGCUGACACCUCGCCUACCCAGCAUGACGUCGCGGUGCCAACGGUUAUCGAGCGGCGCUCGGUUGCCACCCAGACCCCACCACACCGCCACAACACCGGGCAUGCCUUACGGUGCCCUUGUCGCCUGUAGCUGUCACCUCGACGCCUCCACCACUGACCCACGAGGCGCCGGUUGCAGUAACGACGCCCGUUCCGAGCUCUGCCACCACACAUGCCGCCGCCGCCACCACAUCCAUACCGACGCCCUCGAGGCACCACAUGCAGAUGUGCUUCCAGAAGUUCCUUCGGAAUCUGAACCUGACAGAUUUUGGCACAAGGUUGGACAAAUCUCAUCCAACGAUGGUGCACAUUUUUAUUGUGCUUCAACAGACUUCACCCUGGCUAUACUAUUACCUCUGCAUUCCACAGCAGAAUGUGAGCGAGUAUUCAGCAAGAUAUUCAGAAUGAAAAUGAAGUUGACAAACCAGCUGUCUACAUCUGCAGUGAAUGUAACUCUCCUGGCAUCAGAGUGCGCCAAAUGGUGCUGCGCUACAUUCCAGUUGAUCAUGUCUAUGAUUGAAAGAAUGGCCGAAGGACACAAUGAAGUUGAUAGAUUCCCAACUAUAUUAGACGAUUACAUCGAAGUCAGUAACAGUGAUUAGAUUCACCCAGACACGUUCAAACUGUUCUAGCAGUGACAUUGUUUAUUUUAUGUAAACUGAAUGUGGAGGGGGGAGUGUUUAUCACAAUUGUGUGAACUAUCUCAGCAUGCAUCUCAGCCAACCCACACUACCACCUACUGCCACCUAUCUGUAGUCCCUGUCCGUGUCCUCCAUGCUCGCUACCUUGAGAUUCCUACAGUAAAUGUCCUAAAGAACAGACACCACAGAUUCACAUAACUGAUUUCCUUCAGUGAGUAAUGAAUCCACCACCUUCAAUGUUGAUGAAUAAUUGUGUUUGGCCUGCUGUGGGAAUAUUAGAGCAGCAACCCUGGAAGACAUGGAUGGGGACUAUGGAUAGGUGGCACUGGGUGGGACUGUGGGUCUGCUGAGAUAGCCCGCACAAUUGCUAUAAACUCUAUGUCCAGGCGACAGAGUGGUUAAUGGAGCUGCCAGUAAGCAGAAGAUCCUGAGUUGGUAGCCCAGUCCAGCACACAUUUUCACUCAUUGCCACUGUUCUCCAUAAAGUACAGAUGUAGCUGACAUCAGUAGUUCCUUCCAACCC